AUGAUACCCAAGUUCUCUGCUCCCAUCAUAAUCUUGGUGCAUGACAGCGACUCCACCUCGGAGUAUUCGGAUGAUGAUGUCGUCGUCCGGGGCCGCUCGGAGCUGGAGACGAAGCCCAUCCUGUCUGUUCAGAGAUCGGGGAGUCACGUAGAUCAUUUCGACAUCGUGGAGCGGGUUGAGAUGGGUCAAAUGGCCUCCAUGUUCUUCAACAAAGUUGGCGUCAACAUGUUCUACAUCUGCAUCAUAGUCUAUCUGUACGGAGACAUGGCUAUCUACGCAGCAGCUGUGCCCAUAUCCUUGAUGGAGAUGGCUUGUGGGAAUCACUCCUGCAGCGCUGGGAGUGUGAAGUACAACGACACCGAUCCCUGCUGGGGUUCUGUGACGAGGAAAGAUGCAUACCGGGUGUUUCUG